UUGAAUCAAACACCAAACGGUUUAUUAUGGCUUCAGUUCAGACAUGGUACUUUAAGGAUGCCACUAAAAUAAUGAAAAUCAAUAUGUGACUAAAUUACAAUUUGGAAACUUCACGUAAAUGCAUUUAUGGAUUGCAUAGGUACAAUCGCAGUGAUAUUUACGUUGUUUGUCAACUACGUAACGGCAAACGAAGAGAAAAACCGCUAUGGAACAAUAUCAAUCAUACAGCCAGCUUUUGUACACCGAAACCUUACAAUAAAAAUGACACCUUCUAUUGUGAAAAAGACGACUGCUAAGUGGAAAUACUUCAAGGACAAGAACAUCGGAUACAUAAGUGAAGCGAGUGACUCUGUUCAAACAUUUUUGAAUGGAUCAUAUUAUUUAACAAUUCUUAACGUCAGCAAGUCUUUUAAUGAAUCGUAUUUUGUCGUUGAAGAUACUGUCACUGAAAACUUGAUAUCUUCCUUUAUUCAGCUUAAGCUUGAAGAAUUGACAGGCCAAUGCGGAAAAGUUGUUAUCAAAAACCAAAUUGCAAGACUUGGAACAGAUGUAGUUAUUUCAUAUUAUCCCUCUGAUGUUGCCAUUCACACCGGAACUUCGCUGGGCCGUACAUGGCUGUAUUUUUUGAAAAACAUAAGCCUUCCGUCUGUAUCAUUCAGUGAGAGAAAAGUAUCGGCUUUCCUGUUUGAAUUGACAAUUUUUAACGUCAGUUUGAGCCAAGAAGGAAGAUACGGCCUGAAAUGCAAUUGCUGGGGAGAUUCUUGUGUUACAAAUUCAGAGCAUUUAACAGUCGUCGAACCCCCGGGCAAGCCCGAACUUGGUCCCACAACGGACGACUUUUCCGCAACCAACUGUAUCUAUGUUGACGCGGAUACCCAUCCCUACUGCAAAGUUAUGAGUGGAACACCGCCUUUUAAUGUUACACUUACGAUAGGAGCAGAAAUAUACACAUUGGUUGCGAGUAUUCACGAUAAUCGAAGCUUUGAAAUUAAGAAUGACACUUUUCAUUUUACGAAACACAACUACGUACGGAAUAUAACAUGCCACGUUUCGAAUCUUCUAGCACAAGCCGCUGAGUGGAAUACUGCGAAACUUUGUAACAUAGAAAAGGGUUCUGGUCCACUUCUUAUCGUACCGGAAUAUACACUUAAUCACACGCCGAAAAUACAAUGCGAGGUGAAGUUUGCCUUGCCUGCGCCGGAAGUAGAAAUACGCAUUGAUAACAGUACAGUUCCCGGUCAAGAAACUAUCACUUUUGACAACACCACCCAGUCUUUUACUAGUAAAGUAUCCCUUCAAAGAGCAGAGGCGGACUGGGAGGGAAGCAACAUGUGCUGUUAUCAAAGGUCCAAGUUUUACAACAAUUUGGAGCCGGUUUGCAAGACACUUAUAUUGAAAUUUAAACCCAAACCACCAAUUCUUGGUCCUCAGUUAGAAGACUUUUCCACAACUAACUGCAUUUACGGAAACAGCGGUCUCGACAUUUAUUGCAAAACACAAGGAGGGACCAAGCCCAUUCAAGUUUCUCUUACAAUCGGAAAAAGGCAAUACCAUCUCAUUGAAAACAAGACUGAGUCUGGAUUAUAUGAAAUGAAUAAGAGUCUAUCUGAUCCGUUCACAGUAUUGUCAAAGACAGACGUUAUCUGCCAAGUUUCUAACGAAGUCACUCCAGAACCCCUUAUUGUAUCGGCCUUUCUUUGUCGGAGUGAAGAAGGUGAAACACCAACGUUGACAGUGCCAGAAAGUUUUGUUGGUGAAAAUUCCUUGACACUUUGUGAAGUUCGACAUGCUCGACCCGCCCCAAAACUAGCAAUAUAUGUUGCAAAUGUUAUGGUAACUAAUGUAAUCCAAGAGGACACCUUCAAUGAUUCAUCUUAUAUGUUUACAAGCAAGGUGAAAAUUCAAAAACCAUCGCGGCACUGGAAUGCCAACCGAAUGUGUUGCAUUCGAAGGAGUAAAGUGUCAAAUGAUUCGCUACAGGUGUGCAAAAAUGUUACAUUUGAAUAUCCACCCUCUGAUUUGGUCAUGGUAGUUCACAGAACGUUCGAAAGCGAUGAGACGGUCCAAAUUUUGAACAUAUCCUGUAACGCUGUCAAUUCCUAUCCACAAUGCGACAUUUCAUGGGGAAGUAAACCACCUCAUGUUCGCCCAAUAUCCACUGAAUCAAGAAUAGACAUUCGGAAUGAUAGCUACUUUAGUUUUUCAAAAGCUGUAUUCACACUUACAAAAGAUAAUGACAACGUUGGAGAAAUUUUUUGUUUCACAAGAUGUGGCACCCUAAAAACAUAUCUGCUUCGCAAACACAAUUUUUUAUUUCCAAGUUAUCCUUUGAUGUCGUUCAAUACAUCAUCGAAACUUACAAUUCAGAAAAAUGAGUCCGUGUCAAUCAAUUGCAAUGUCGACGAGCGCAUGUCAAUCAACACGAAUCUACUAUGGCGAAACGAUGCAAGCCAAAACAUAGUUAAACGUUGCUUUAGUACGAUGAAGUGCGUUCUUACAUUAAAUGAAACCCUUGCUGAAGGCAUGUGGAACUUGUACAAAUGUGAAGCAAAUAGUGAUUACAAUUCUACCAGCAAAUUUCUGGCAGUAUCAUUCCUGGCAUUUCAAGAGGCUGUUGGUGAAGGACUGUCGUCAAACGCUAUGGUGGUUAUUACUGGACUCGCAUCUACUAUUGGGUGUGUUGGUGUCGUUAUCUUUACUUUGUUUGGUGUUUUAGCUUACUGCAAAAUCAUCAAGGAUCGCGACAUAUACCAAGAAUUAAGGUACAGAAGGAGAACACUGCUAUUGGGUGAAGAAGCUGGGAACAUUAACAACGAUGGAAAUGUGGUCGAACUUUCCGCUUACUUCAAUCCAGGCGACAUGCAACGUUACAAUACUUUGACAACACAAGACGUGGUGCCAAAUAGUGAGGAUGUGUCUGCAUAUCCUUUCCUUGAAGUAGAGAGAAGGCCAUUUCGCUCAACACGAGAGACGGAAUCUGGUUAUGUGGACAUGAGGGACAUUUUUGAGACCUGCCAAAGGGCUAACUGUGAUAAGUCGUUUGAAGACAUGAACACAUCUGCUUCGACGGAUCCCGACGAGUUUGAUCCACGUUGUACUCGGAAAAUGGUUGCCGAAUCUGCGGACAUGGGAUAUCUACAUACUGUUACCGAGAAAAGAUAACUCAAUUGCCACAUACAAUGUGUAUAUGUGAACCAAUAUGCUGGUGCUGGAGAAUAAGAGAUGAAUGCCACAUAAUAACACCGACGCCAAUCCACGUUUACCAAACAUUUCAGUUUCAAAUACUUGUAGAACAAUAGACAAUAGCGGCCCACUCUCGAGUCCGUUUCCUGAGAAAAACCAGUACCUGUGUCUUUUCAACAAACUGUCCACGACCUUUUGGGAAAGGAGCCAAAACCAUUCAUUACCGUUACUUAUAAAAGAAUGACAUUCAAAUCAAUAGUGUUCUUCUUUUUAGUCAUUUCCUGUCUUAUGUCAUUGUUCUUAGCUCAAUAUCUCUCGUUUUUUUAAAAAAAAAAUAACUUAAUGAUAUCUAAAAUACCUUAUUGUCAUUAAUUUUGUGCAGCACCAAUACACUUAUAUCAACAACACGUUUUCUUCUUAUUAAGUUUGGCUAUGAGUAAUGAAGGAUAUUUACUUAAGAUAAGAAAUGACAUAAUAUGUUUUAUGAAUACUGAAAAAGCUCUUCAUGACAACAUUUUAUACAAAGCUGUCCUGAGUAUAACAGCCUCAGAGACAAACGAUAAUUUUAAUCACUCAAAGUAUUUCAGUAUUCACGGAAAUUAGCUCAAUACUUAGGAGCUACAUAUUCGAAAAGAUAAAAUUUACUCUAUAACUGAAUUAAAAAAGUUUAUGUUUAAUGUAAUUAUUUGUAAAUACUUAUGUCUAUAAUUGUAUUGUAUGAAAAUGCAUGGACGUAUGAUGAUGUUUUUUUACCUGUUGUCAAAGAUGUAAAUUAUUAUACGUAGACUUGUAGGUCAACGGUGCCAGAUGGUAUUUUUAAUACGUAGCACCAUAUUUCAUUCAAUGUUCAUUCAAACAAAUUCACCUACUUACUUACUAACUUAUUAUAACAUGUGUAAAUACGAUCGUUUUGGUUUGAAAACAAACUUGAAAUUUGAACUUGAAUUCAGUUUGAA